UUUAGCCGCAGAAGUGAGCUGUGCCGGCCGCACCUUGCCUCUCGGUGCCAGGGCGGAGGAGGACCGCGUGACUCAAGCAGGAGGAAGCGCUCGCAUGGCCUUGUAGGCCCCGCUGAAGGAAGGCAUUCGCUCUAGUGUCCCGGGAAAGCUUUCAGGAACUCAUUUUCGAUCUGGUCAUCGCGAGUCCCAGACGACGUUGUUCUUUCCUGCACGGCUCCGUGUCUGGAGCACGAGCUUGUCUUCCUGAUGCCUGGCCCCAACUGGCUGGGUGCUGUGCUCUUCCUUGGGGUACAGCUCCGAGCACUGUGGCCCGUGGCAGCUGUGGAAGUUCACACUUCCAGGGAGGUGAAUGCUGUGAAUGGAACUAACCUACGCUUAAAAUGCACUUUUUCUAGCAGCAGCCCUAUUAGCCAGCGACUGUCAGUGACCUGGAACUUCCAGCCUGAGGACCAGAGCUCUCAUGAGCCAGUGUUCUAUUACCUCAAGGAGCCCUACAAGAUGGCUACUGGGCGGUUCAAAGAGCGAGUCACCUGGGAUGGGAACAUCCAGCGUUACGAUGUUUCCAUCGUUAUCUGGAAUUUGCAGCCCUCUGACAACGGGACAUUCACGUGCCAGGUGAAGAACCCGCCAGAUGUCGAUGGCACAAUUGGCGAAGUGCGACUCAAAGUUGUGCAGAAAGUGCAAUUCUCCGAAAUCCACUUCCUGGCAGUGGCCAUUGGGUCUGCUUGUGUUCUGAUGAUCAUUGUGGUGAUAAUUGUGGUUUUCUGUCGACAUUUUCGGAAGAAACGGCAAGAGAAGACAGAGGCGGCAGACACAGAACUUACUGAAAAGGAGAAGCUGGAGAUUAGAGAAGAAAAGGAAGUCACUCCAUUAGAAGACUAGAGAUCUUUAACAGUAUGUACAAGGUACUUCUAAAGCAGAUGGUGAAUGCUUGUAAUUUCAAUAUUAGGAGAAACCUGAAUUACAAAUGACUGAUGCUGCAAACGUGGUAUCCAUGCUCAAACUAAAUUCCUGCAAGAGAAGAGAGGGACAUGAACAUAAGUUGCAAAGAGUUAUUUUCUUCAGGGAAGCAAAACAGGAGGAAAUGGCCUCACGAGCAAGGCACUUCAGAUCUGUUCACAACUGCAGUGUUUAAGGAAAUCUGCUCUGAAGAAGAAGAAAUAUCCCCAAAGAUUUGAAAAAAAAAAUGCCAAGAUAGCCAGGUGGAGAUUUGCAAAGUAGCGGAGCAAACACAUACU